AUGGAUCAAACUGAAGAGUUAUCAUUCACUUCAAGCACGUCCGAAAUCUCGCGACCCGUAACAGAGAAACGCCGGACUCUGCGAACCUACAGCAAACGAUCGCGGUCGACCGAGGACGAUGCGAACGCUAAGCCGCUGAAAAGGCAGAAGAUACCUAUUGACGAGACACCUGUCGCACAAUCCGAACUACCACGGCCUUCUGCUAAGGCGAGCAAUAUUCCCAAGAGCUCUAUUCUGAGUUACUUCAAGCCCUGCCGCUCUAGCUCGGCAACAGAAGCGUCCGAUCCCCUCUCCGACUCGGAAAAGCUCGUCAAUACUCCGCCGUCGUCGCCGCCCGUUAUCAGAAGGAUAAGAGAGCCUCGCAGGCUUAGGUUACGACAUAGCUCAGCGACUAUUCCGUCAUCAGAUACAAUAAAUGAGACCGAAGAAGAAGCGGACGAUAAGUGGGUAAAUGUUGAAGUGGCCACGAGGAGGAUCACUCGUUCAAGUAAACGGGUCACAAAACAAUUACAGGAAACGACGGAGAGCAAGCUUAACGAAAGGAGGAAGGGCGUAAAAGCGAAGCCGAACCAGCAGACGAGCAAACCGAACUUGCGAUCUAAAUCAACCGCCACGAUACAGACAACUAUCAACAUCUCAUCAAAACCUACAUUCGAGGAAUGCAAGACAUGUCGUAUAGUGUACAACCCGCUGCAUCCCCCUGAUGUCAAGUACCAUUCUCAGAGGCAUGCGGCGUACUUGCGGGGCAGACCGAGAACCUGA